CGGAUCCGCCGCCGCCGUGCCGUAGCGAUUUUCUCCCCAGUCCCCGGCGUUAGUAUCUAGGUGUGAUUGUCUAAAGGCUUACUCAAAUUCUUUCCGCCGUUGACGCAUUGCCCUAUAAGUUUUCAACAACGCCCAAGCUGAUCCUGCUCGUAUGUGCUGAGAUUCUCGUCAAUACCUUGCCAACACAUUUUGUCUGACACGAUCUGAAGUGACCGUCAUGCCUAAGUCGGUGAGACUCGAGAAAUGUCUGCCAUCGACGUCGUCUGCAUCUGGUAUACUGUUGCCCGACCACUACGUAGAAAAUGAUCCAAUCAUACAAACAAUUCUUGAGGCCAAGGCAUCGGAAUACAAAUUGUCUAGGCAUGAGAAACUAGUGAAGCUAUCCAGUAAAUCCUCCUGUCAGGUUUCAACUUGUCAAUGUAAUGGAUGGCGAGGUAGGCGUGAUAAUCGUCUAAUGACUUCAACUUGUACGAAAUCUGGCUGUAGUCAUCCUCUAUCUUCUCAUGUAUCACAUUUAGAAAAUGCCAAAGAUGAACAGUUAAAUACCUUACUAGGAUUAGUAUUUGAUCUCGAUAAUUUAUCAGUCACUGUAAAUAAAGAUUUAAAAAAACCAAAUAUUGAGAGAAAUUAUGUGCAAGAAGACACUUAUGGUGCAGUUUAUCAUGAAUUACGAAAUUUUGUAUACCCUGGAUCUUGUAUCACACUCGAAAAAUUAUUUGGCACUCCACCAUUUGAAAAUCCAAACAUAGUUAAAGCUUUAAUGAACUUUAAUAUGUAUAAGUUUGGCCAUGACAGCUCUCAACUCAAAAUUGCUUUGAAAAUCAGUAAAUUCUUAACAAAACAUUUUGAUCUUUGGAAAUGGAUUUCUCCUAAAGAAUUACCACAUUGUAAAACAUUUCAACAUAGAAAAAACUAUGAAUUCUAUUAUCAAAGAUACUUAGUGUUUUGUUUACUUCCCAAAUAUCUUCAUUCAAUUGCACCGAGUUUUAAAAUGAGUUUGAUAUUUGGUCAAGAUAUUCUUAAAUAUACACUAAAAGCAUUUAGAAUGCAUUUAACAGACUGGUGUCAUGCAUCAGCUCCAAAAUGGUCAACUAAUAGGAAACACUUUUGCAUGAGCUAUUUACCCAAAUAUAUGAAUCUAUUAGAAGAAGAAGUGUAUGCUGUACAUUCACCUAUAUGGGAUUUGCAUUUUAAAGAUUCUGAUUUAAAAAAAAUUAUUCUUACUGAUUCUUUGGACUCUGGGCUAGAUGAAACUAAGGAAGCAGAACAUAAAGAUCGUAGAAAAAAGGAUAAACACCCAAAUGAAGAAAUGUCAAUGAAACCAAAUGAAAAACAUAGUAUUGAAGACGCUUUAUCAGAAGACAAAAUUAUAGACAUUCUAAAAAAUGUUCAAAGUGGGCCUAUCACUUAUUCUAAGGAGUUUGGAUUAGAAACUGGACCUCGAGGACAUCAAGCUCGGACAGAAGAAGAACAUGGAAUUAUACGCUUUGUGGUUAUAGGUAAUUCAUUAGACUCAAGAGUUGAAAAAAGUACUAUGUUGUGGCUUAUGCAGCUAAGAAAUUUGUUCCGUACUCAAUUGCCAAGAAUGCCAGUUAGAUACAUUACUCGAUUAGUAUUUGAUACGAAGCACAAGACAUUAGCUUUAUUGAAAGAUGGUGUUCCUAUUGGUGGUAUAUGUUUUUGUCCAUUUGUCUCCCAAGGUUUCACAGAAAUAGUGUUCUGUGCAGUUAAAGUUGACCAACAAGAAAAUGGAUAUGGAACACAACUAAUGAAUCAUUUAAAAGAUUAUCAUAUUCAACAUAACAUACUUAAUUUUCUUACUUAUGCCGAUAAACUUGCAAUUGAAUAUUUUAAGAAGCAAGGGUUUAGUCAAGAUGUGAGAAUAUCUAAAAAAAUACAUCAAGAGUAUAUUAAACAUUAUCAGGGUGCUAUAUUGAUGCAUUGUGAACUAAACCCAAAAAUUAUUUAUACUCAAUUAACAUCAGUGAUACGCAUACAAAAAGAAAUAGUUAAAAGUCUGGUGGAAGAAAAACACAUGAAAAUAGAAAGACACUAUCCAGGACUGACAUGUUUCUUAGAUGGUGUACGCAUGGUCACUAUUGAAUCAAUACCUGGUGUCAUGGAUACUGGUUGGACCCCAUCGACACGAGCUACAAGAAAUAGUCGUGUCACAGAAGAAACAACUGAUAUUGAUGUCUUAGCUAAACACCUGAAAAAAGUUUUGCAAUUUGUGAAAAACAAUGCAUUGUCUGAACCAUUUUUGAAUCCAGUUGAUAAAAAAGUUCCUGGUUACUAUGAGCUUAUAAAGUAUCCUAUGGAUUUGAGUACAAUUGGUAAACGAUUGGCUUCAGGCUACUAUGUAACUAGAAAGCUAUUUAUUGCUGAUAUGAGACGAAUGUUUAGUAAUUGCAAAACAUUUAACCCAGAGGAUUCGUAUUGGGCAAAUUGUGCAGUUGAGUUGGAAAGACUUUUCCAGAUUAAAAUGAAAGAAAUGGGACUCUGGGAUUACUAA